UCGUCUUUCUCUGUCUGUCUGUUGUUGUUGUUCUUGUUGCUGUUGGAGCUUCCAUUCCAGCACAGUCGCCAUUUCAAUUUUGACGCCGUUCACUCCAAGUGUCAUUUGAAGUUAUCACCACAUCGUAUCGCAUAAUUGCUUAACGUACAAAAUACUAAUCGCAGACUUUCUCUUGCCAAACUUGUUUAUUUGCACAACAGUGUUUAUUACAUUAAACAUUCACCCCCAGAGUAUCACACGAUAAAAAGUUUGUUGCAAACCCAAACACUCACCACAACCUAUCAUUCAACUCAGUUGCUUGGGACAAACAUUUUGUUUUUCGGAUCAUUGAAGAAUUCGGAAAAAAGGAUUUUGCUGUGCUGUUUCUACCCUACUUCCCUGUUUUCUGUAGAGCUACCAUUAUUAUUAUUAUUAUUAUUAUUAUUAUUAUUAUUAUUAUUAUUAUUAUUACUAUUAUUAUUAUUAUUAUUAUUAUUAUUAUUAUUAUUAUUAUUGUUGUUUUUUGUUUGGGUUGGGGUCAUUGGGUGUUUGUAUUAUUAUUUUUUUAAAACAUUUAAUAUGAUCUUUCUUUGACUAUUCUAUAGACUGUACUUAGGCAGUGCGGUUCAUGGAACUCUUGUUAUAAUUUAUGACAGUCGAGGAGGAAGUUUUCAAAAGAAAAGAAAAUUCAGAAAAAUAAUCAAAGAAUCGGAAAAAAAGACGAUAUACAUUCACAGACACACACACACAUAAUUUCAUACACGUAUCCUUAAACAUACAAACAAACACGCACACAUACACAGACACACACAAACACAACACGCACGCGUGCGCGCACAUACAAACACAUACACAUACACAUACACAUACACAUACACACUCAAGGUUCAUAGUGGAUUCAGUGUUGAUAACGUUAAUAUGGAAUCGUUCAUAACUUACGAAACCUCAAUGGCUGCCAUUCCUGCCAGCGAAAACGUAACAAUGCCAGAGAGGACCCUGAUAUCUUGUUCCAACAACGACAGCGGUUAUACGACAGCCAACUGCACUGAACAACAAUCAUACACCAUUACACCGUUAGUAACACCUCUUUAUAUCAAACUCUACGUUGGUUUACUGAACGGGAUCAUAUUUUCUCUUGGUGUCAGCGGUAAUAUAUUCGUUAUAUUUAUUGUACUCAGCGUGAAGGAGAUGCGUACACACACCAACUUCUGUCUAAUCAACCUCAGUUUCACCGACCUAAUCUAUCUACUUGUUUGCCAACCGGCCGCCGUUCUGGAUUUUUACCAAGAAGAAAAGUGGACAUUGGGAGAAUUCAUGUGCAGGUUUGUGUACUUCCUGGAAAACCUGAGCACCAGUACAACCAUCUUAACUAUCAUAGCCAUCAGCUUGGAGCGAUAUUUUGCAAUCUGUCAUCCAUUAUUAAACUACAGCAUGUUCAGCGGCUCCCGGGUCACAAAAGUGAUUUUGGCAAUAUGGUUAUUGGCUGCCUUAGUGUGUUUUCCUUUCCUGCUGACUUCAGAGCUGAAAGAAUCGUCAUUCCAUGAUGGCAGUGAAGGAUAUAUCUGCAUUAAUGACAUCCAUUUGAUAUGGCAGCAUAUCUAUCUAUGGGUGAUUCUUUUGCUGUUCUUUAUUCUCCCACUUUUCCUGCUGAUUAUUCUCUAUCUACGAAUCAUCUGCACCUUGCUCAGUCAGACUCUUCAGGGAGCAGCCGACACUAGAAAGAAUUGUGCUUCGAUGAAGUCACGGAAGCAGGUCGUCUACAUACUGGCCACCGUGGUUACCAUGUUCUUUCUCUGCCUGGUGCCAUUGCGGAUCCUGAUUCUGUGGAAGAUCUACGCUCCUUAUGAACAACAUAAGUCUUUGCCGUUCGUGUCGUACCUCAACAUCCUGCAUACGGUUCGACUGCUAACAUACUUCAACAGUGCCUGUAACCCUAUCAUCUAUAACCUGAUUUCCACCAAAUUCCGAGCAGCUUCCAUGUCAGUGCUCCGCAGGUGUCGGAGCAGAGACCAGUAUAUGAGCUCCAACACAAAUCGUUUGGGACGGAUCGGAAAAAAGGGGCUUUGUGGCACGAACCAGGACAAAGCUUGCGGUGGUUGCGCCAAGGGUGGGCAUCGCAUUGGAGGUGGUGAGAUUGGUGGCGGUGCUGGGGGUGUCGGUGGCACUAGUGUCGGGCAGGGCAGUGGUAGUAUUACUACAGGUCUUACUGCUAGUAGCACCAUAGCUUAUCAAGGUGGCUGCCAUUAUCAUUAUACGGAGGAUAGUAAUUCGUUUUAUGACACGGAACGUUCCAAGAUGUCAUCCACGAUACUGUGAGAU